GAUCUCUGGCAUUGAACAGCGUGGUGCGAAGCUGACCAUCACCAAUUCUCUCUCUACGCGCCGAGCAUCAUGCAAAGGAGCAUGCGCGCCGCUCAGGUGCUCCCCAAGGGCCAUGGGGAAGCCAUCUACGCCUACUGCAAUAUCCGCACCAACCAGGUGCUCUACUCAUUGGAGCGGACACUACGACAAUCACAUUUAGAGCAGCUCGCAGAUGUCGGGGCCAACAACAAUCCCCCCAAACUCCGCAAGGAUAUCUGGCGACCGCUUUUCACCGUCCAUCUCCCCGACCGACAGCAGGGCCUCGAGCUGUUUCGAAGUUUGCGCGAAUAUCGGUUGCUGCACGAGACCAAUUGGGAUCUACCUGAGUCCAUCAAAACGCCAUACACCGAGAAGCAGAUUGAGGAAAUGCAGGCCAAGCUGGACAACCGCGGAGGAAGCAAGAAGGAGACUGUUUUUGAUGUUAUCAAGCGGGAAAAGAAAAAGCUACGCGUCAAGAUGGUCAUGAAUCAAAAGGCGAAUAGCGUGGCUGAUCUAGCUGCGAUCCUGGUGCGACAGGAGCAACAAAGUGCAUCACUGGCAAGCCAAAAGGAAGCCCUGUUGAAGCGGAGAAAAUCGAAGGUCCUGGGUGAGAUCAUAAGUCUGGCGAAGGAAUUCGAACGCAGUGGCAACAAGGAUCUGGACAAACAAAUAGCUGAACUCAGGGCCGAGGUGAAGGAGGCCGUUAAAAAGAGCCUGGACAAGAGUAACACCGCCAAGGUGAGAAAGGAACAGUAUCAAAAAGCACAAACAACCCGCGAGGCUCUUCAGAAGGUCAGGGUCCAAGCAGAAAAGAGGCUGUGGGCAUCCGAGUCUGUGAAGAAGGCUAAGGAGAGGGCAGCUACCGAAACCUCUUCGCGAGAGGAAGCUGCUAGAGCAAAUGAGGCAGCUGCCGAAGGCGCACAGGAAUCCAAUCCCAAGGAAUCUUCGCCCAGUAAGCCAAUCGUGGUUGAAUACAGGCAAUUCAUCGAGCCGUACCCACCGGAGUUGGACCCCAUCCGUGCAGCACUCGAGGGCAAAGCUUUCAGCAAGCGUGAUCCAUUGUACAGAGCGCACCAGAGGGAUGUGCGACUUGUACAGAGACCAAUUUAUAGCACGAAAGGCAUCGCGGUUCAGUGGGCAAAUUCGCUCGAUCUCGAAUACGCCGAGAUGUGGCCCGAGAAAGUCAAGCACUUGAAUAUGGGUUUUGUCAGGAAUGCGGCGCCCAAAGCUGAUGCGGAAGCCAUUCACGAGGUAUCGGACUUUAAGGCCCAGCAAUGGAAAUCCAGGCCCGCGAACUGGGAUGCGGUGCUCAGAUCAGGGCAGACAGGGGCAGUGGAAGCUGCGGAGCCAGUCGCUGAAGGUGGUUCAGUAGUUGAGGCACAGGCGGCGGAGCAGAAGCAGGAAGAGGAUCGUCAGGCUGUGCUACAAGAGGUCAAAGAACGAAUUCUCCUGGACUUGAAGGUCAAAGCGAGUACACCUACGCACCGUUGGCCUAAAGCGCUGGCAAAAUCGCGCCGACAGCGAAGAGAUUCACUUCGGCAGAACAAGCCAAUAAUGAGUCAGACUUCGACUACUGAGAAUGAGGUGGUGCUCCCUGCGGAACCGACAAGCUCGGAAAAUGCACCAACGCUAUAGAGGCUGAUCGGGAGCAAACUUUUGUGCAUGUAUGUAUAACAUUAGUAGAUGCCGAAUACGAUCCACGUCGGACGCAGCAGCCUUUCGGCAGCAACAUGAUUCGAUCGUUGACGGACAGAUCUGCCCAGCGCCUGAAGUAUGGGGACGAUGAUAGUUCCACCAGGCCCAGUCACUCGCCAAUAAGAACUCCUGGAUCCAACUUGGGCCAACCACAGAAUUCUCGACCUGCUCGAAACUACUAUCAAACACGUUCGAUUCCUAGACGAUUGUGCGACAAAAAUUUUCCUUUGACCGGGCAAGACAG